GUCUUGUCAACCGUGGACCGCGUCUUUGACGUGCACUCAUAUUACCUAGGCAACUUGAACCUUGGGAAGAGCUUUCGGCGAUACUGCAAAGUCCAUUUGCAACGUUCAAUUCGGCCUCUGUUUUGCCGCUGAUGCUUAUUACGAGCUCUAUCUUGCCCUGCUAACCCUACCGAUCAAUCCUCUCCGCCCUCGUCUCAUCACCAUCGCGCAUGGUUCCAGAAUUGCUUCAUCUUAGCCGCCCACAUGGUCAAGGCCAAUGCUAAUGCAGCAGCUGCUGCUGCUUCUGGACCUGGCGUCUACAGCGCAGUAUAUAGUGGUAUACCUGUGUACGAAUUCCAGUUUGGUGGUGACCUCAAGGAACAUGUGAUGCGAAGGAGACACGAUAACUGGAUCAAUGCGACACAUAUUCUGAAGGCUGCUGGAUUCGACAAGCCAGCACGAACCAGGAUUCUCGAACGAGAUGUGCAAAAAGACGUUCACGAGAAGAUUCAAGGUGGCUAUGGAAAAUAUCAAGGCACUUGGAUACCACUCGAGAGCGGACAAGCAUUGGCAGAACGGCACAGUGUAAUCGAUCGAUUGCGACCCAUCUUCGAAUAUGUCGCUGGUGCGGAGAGCCCACCUCCUGCUCCCAGGCAUGCUAGUAAACCCAAGGGACCAAAGUCAAAGCCUCCGCUACCGAAAUGGAACAAUCCUCCCCCUCCUCCUGCUCCUGCGCCCGUGAUUCACGAUGACCCCGAUACGGUAAUGGGUGACGAAGAUACACCAGAUAAUCUCACAGUGGCAUCAGCAUCGUACAUGGCCGAAGACGAACGUUUUGAGAUGCCCCAAGUGCCAGGCACAGGACGGAAACGCAGAAGAGACGACAGCAACUUGCAAGACCUUACCGAGCAACAGCAUGCGCUAUAUGGCGACGAACUUCUCGACUACUUCCUCCUCAGUAAAACAGAUCAACCAGCAGUGAAGCCUGAUCCACCCGCCAACUUCCAACCUAACUGGCCGAUCGAUGCGGAGGAUCAUACGGCGCUUCACUGGGCGUCCGCAAUGGGAGACGUUGAUGUUGUCAAACAACUAAAGCGAUUUAACGCAUCAUCCACUGUCAAAAACAUACGCGGCGAAACACCGUUCAUGCACUCAGUAAACUUUACGAACUGUUACGAGAAGCAGAGCUUUCCCGUCGUAAUGAAGGAGCUAUUCGAAACAUUCGAUGCUCGUGACAAUAUGGGCUGUACAGUGAUACAUCAUGCGGCUGUUAUGAAGAACGGCAGAGUAUUCAACUCAUCAUGCUCACGAUAUUACUUGGACAACAUUCUCAACAAACUGCAGGAGACCCUGGAACCAAGCGCAUUCCAGCAAUUGCUCGAUAUUCAAGAUAACGACGGAAAUACAGCAUUGCAUCUUGCGGCGCAGCGGAACGCUAGGAAGUGCAUAAGGGCAUUAUUAGGACGCAACGCUUCAUCGGAUCUUACGAAUAACGACGGAGUCAGGGCAGAGGAUCUUAUUAUGGAUUUGAAUGCGACGAAGAAGGAUCGUGGACCUCAACGGUCGUCGUCUCCUUUUGCCCCUGAGUCCCAACGGCAUGCUUCUUUCAAGGACGCACUGCUCGAGAAGGCGAAUCGACAACCCCCGGUGGCUUUCCAGUCUGCCGCAGCAAACACUGUACAGUCUCGGAUCACACCCCUGAUUAUGGAGAAGUUCCAGGAUCUAGCUAAGAGCUACGAAGAGGAAUGGCGAGAGAAGGAUGUAGCAGAGGCAGAGGCGAAGCGGAUCUUAGCGAACACCCAGGCAGAUCUAAAUGCUCUCCGACAAAACAUAACAGACGUUGAGGGGCAGCUAGAAUCAGAAGAAGCAGCAUCCAAAAACAACCAAGAAGCCAACCUAGCUAAGCAUCAGGUGCUAUCACUCAUCACACACCAAAACCGCUUACAUGUUCAGCGGUCAGUGGACAGUGAACUCAGCCGCAUCAAUGGCGAUGGAGGGGUGCAGGAAGAGUCAUACGAAGAGAGGCUGAGUCUCGCCCGCCAACUAAGCACAUUGCUUGCUGAGCAACGGACAGCUGAGACGGAUUAUGUCGAGGCGUUGAGCAUGGUGGGCACGGGCGAGAAGAUUGAAAAGUAUAGGAAACUUCUCAAGAGGUGUCUCGACCCGAAGGAGGGCGAGAGCCUGGACACGAAUCUCGACAGCUUGAUCGAGAUGAUGGAGGAGGAGCGGGACGAGGAUGGUAUGGUUGGCGCUAUGGAGCCCGAACCAAUGGAGCUGUCAGGUGGCAUCUAGGGAACAUCAUUGGGCUCUCCGUUGCGGAUCUAGCCCCUUUAUUCUCUUUCUUUUGUUUUGACGAAGGUACUUAUAUAUAUCCUUAUUGGUUGGGGGCGCGCAAAGUUAUGGGCUUGGUUAAUCCUUUACUAGUCUUAGGAAGGAUUCAGCAGAAGCAGACUUUCUACGAAGGAACGGGCGAUGGGUGUAUGCAAUUUUGCACGAUAGACCUAAGCGCAAGCGAGGUGAUAGUUGCCUAUGAAAUAUACUUGCUCUUGAACUCAGAACUAGCUUUUUCCGGGGAAGUCGGUCAGUGACACUUGAGAACCAA